AUGUUCCGACCAGCACUGAGGACAUGCGCAAGGCAAUGCGUCUCGAGACGCGCCAUUCCCGCUGCGAGGACCUUCGCAUCGUCGGCGAGCGGCCCCGUCUUUGACUGGGAGGAUCCUCUAAACUCCAAGAACCUCCUGACCGAGGAGGAGCUCGCCAUCUCAGAAACAGCUGAGCGGUACUGCCAAGAGCGUAUGGCGCCGCGCGUACUUCAGGCCUACCGAGACGAGAACUACGACAAGAAGAUACUCGAAGAAAUGGGUGAGCUGGGACUCCUUGGUGCGACGAUCGAAGGAUAUGGCUGCGCAGGCGUCUCGACUGUUGCUGGAGGACUCAUCACCAAGGCGGUAGAGAGAGUAGACAGCGGCUAUCGCUCGGGCAUGUCCGUUCAGUCGUCCCUCGUCAUGGGCGGCAUCGCCGAGUUCGGUACGGAGGAGCAAAAGGAGAAAUACCUGCCUGGUAUGGCACAAGGUAAACUCCUGGGCGCAUUCGGUCUCACCGAGCCCAACCACGGCAGCGACCCGGGGUCGAUGGAGACGACGGCCAAACCGCAUCCGACCAAAACCGGCUACUACUCGCUCUCCGGAGCUAAGACGUGGAUCACAAACUCCCCGAUCGCCGACGUGCUGAUGGUAUGGGCGAAGCUGCAGGAUACGGGCAAAAUCCGCGGCUUCCUCGUUGAGCGCUCCCAGUGCCCACCGGGGACCCUUGAGACCCCCGCCAUCAAGAACAAGAACGGCCUGCGAGCGUCGAUCACGGGUAUGAUCCAGCUCGACGACUGCCCCGUCCCGGAAGCCAACAUGUUCCCCACGGUCGAGGGUCUGCGCGGGCCCUUCUCCUGCCUCAACAGCGCCCGCUACGGCAUUUCUCUCGGCGUCAUCGGCGCAUUAGAGGACUGCCUCGCGCGUGCGAGGACGUACGCCCUCGAGCGCAAGCAGUUCAAGAAUAACCCGCUGGCAAAGUACCAGCUCGUCCAGAAGAAGCUCGCUGACGCUGCGACGGACGCCGCGUUUGGUACAGUCGCCGCCAUUCAGGUCGGUCGCCUCAAGGACGAGGGCAAGGCGACGCCAGAGAUGAUUAGCAUGAUCAAGCGCCAAAAUUGCGACCGCGCGUUGCACAACGCGCGCGUGCUUCAGGAGAUCUUUGGCGGCAACGCCGUCAGCGACGAGUACGGUAUUGGGCGGCACGUGGCCAACUUGUUCGUGACGCAGACGUACGAGGGACAGAGCGAUAUCCACAGUCUAAUUCUCGGCCGCGCCAUCACGGGCAUCCAGGCAUUUGUAUAA